GACCCGUGAGAGGGAAAGGGCUGCUGGACCUCCACAGCUCCCCAACCCAUUCUCCCACUAGGACCCUGACCUGGCCCAGCAGGGACUCGGGACACCGGCUGCCCUCGGCGCUGCCACCUCGACAUGUCUUCAGUCCCAGGCUAGCCAGGACGGCCAUGGGUGCUGGGAGAGGCCCCCAGAGCCAGCAGUGCCACUCCAUCUCCCGCUCCAAGUCAUGGUCCAGUUGGCCUGGCACCUCCUCUCCCUGGUCCCCGUCUUCCUCAGCCUGGCCUCCUCCCUGGACUGGAAGGGCUCCCACUACCGGGACCCGUUUGAGAAAUGCUUACAGGAUCCCGACUAUGAACAGCUGCUCAAGGUCAUGACCUUGGGCCUCAACCGGACCACCAAGCCCCAGAGGGUGAUCGUGGUGGGCGCCGGCUUGGCGGGCCUGGUGACCGCCAAGAUGCUCGGAGACGCGGGGCACAAGGUCACCCUCCUAGAGGCCGACAGCAGGAUUGGGGGCCGCAUCUUAACCUAUCGGGAUCCGAAGACGGGCUGGAUUGGGGAGCUGGGGGCCAUGCGCAUGCCCACCUCGCACAGAAUCAUGCACCAGCUCUGCAAGAAUCUGGGGCUCAACCUCACCGAGUUCAUCCAGUAUGACGAGAACACAUGGACCGAGGUGCGGGACGUGAAGCUCCGCAACUACGUGGUGGAGAAGAUGCCCGAGAAGCUUGGCUACAACCUGCGGCCCCACGAGCAAGGCCACUCCCCCGAAGAGAUCUACCAGAUGGCCCUCAACAAGGCCCUCAAAGACGUCAAGACCAUGGGAUGUAAACGGGCAAUGAAGAAGUUUGACAGCAUCUCGCUCCUGGGCUAUCUGCUCGGGGAGGGGAACAUCAGCCAGGCCGCCGCGCGCCUCCUGGGCGACGUGAUGUCCAAGGACGGCUUCUUCCAUCUCAGCUUCGCCGAGGCCCUGCGCGCCCACAGCUGCCUGAGCGACAAGCUCCGGUACAGCCGCGUGACGGGCGGCUGGGACCUGCUGCCGCGCGCGCUGCUGAGCUCGCUGUCGGGCCCGGUGCUGCUGCACUCGCCGGUGGUGGGGCUGACGCAGACGGCGCGCGAGGUGCACGUGCACUUCGCCAGCGACCCGCCCUUCAAGCGGCUGCAGGUGGCCACGGCCGACCUGGUGGUGCUGACGCCCAGCGGCCCGGCCCUGCAGCGCCUGAGCUUCUCGCCGCCGCUGUCGCGCCUGCGCCGCGAGGCCCUGCGCGCGCUGCACUACGUGCCGGCCACCAAGGUGCUGCUGAGCUUCGCGCGGCCCUUCUGGGCCGAGGAGCACAUCCGCGGCGGCCACUCGAACCUCGACCGCCCGUCGCGCCUCGUCUUCUACCCGCCGCCGCGCGAGGGCGCGCUGCUGCUGGCCGCCUACGCCUGGGCCGACGCCGCGGCGCCCUUCGCGGGGCUGAGCGUGCGCGAGGCGCUGCACCUGGCGCUGCGCGACCUGGCCUCGCUGCACGGCGCCGCCGUCUACCGCCUGUGGGACGGCACGGGCGCGCUCAAGCGCUGGGCCGACGACCCGCACAGCCACGGCGCCUUCGUGGCGCAGCCGCCCGCGCUCUGGCCCGGCGGCGACCCCGAGCCCGACUGGGCGGCGCCCUACGGCCGCGUCUACUUCGCCGGCGAGCACGCCGCAAGGCCGCACGGCUGGGUGGAGGCGGCCGUCAAGUCGGCGCUCAGGGCCGCCGUGGCCAUCAACCGCCGCGCCGAGGGCCGCGCCCCGGCCUCCGCCUCCUCCGGCUCCGGCUCCUCGGGCUCCGGAUCGGGCUCCGGCCGGGCGUCGAGCGCGCGCCGCGCCACCACCACCGGCCCCGGCCACCGCGAGCGCCAGGCCGAGGCGAGCGCCGCCAGCCCUCCCCGCAGCAGCGGCGAUUAG